AUGCAGCUGCUGAGCCUGCCCAGAGAGGUGGUGGGCCUGGUGUUGCUCUACGUGGACGACGAGGACGUGCUCCGCUUUGAGCAGACCUGUUCGUUGGCGCAGUCGGCCGCCGGCGACGACUUCCUGUGGCGGCAGCGCGCCCUCCGCUAUCUCCCCGAGUGGAUCGCCCCCGCACCCCGCGUGGCGGCGGGCGAGUGGCGAGCGUACUAUCGCCAGCGGUGCGCACUCAAGGAGAGGUGGCGCAGCGGUCGCUACACAUCGCGCUUCAUCCUCGAGGGGGCCAACAGCCCGGUGCUCUCGGUGCACCCCAUAACUGUAAAGGCCGGCGGGCCGAGAGCGCUGGUGACGGUGACGGAGCUCGAGGUGCUGACCUGGGACAUGGCCAGCGGGCGGCACAUGUGCUCGAUCCUGCCGGGGCCAGAGACCAACGAGUCGUCUGGGCUUCUGGCGGUGCUCGGGGAACGAUCGCUGGACCUAUGGGACCUCGCCCACGCCACCCACUCCAUUUCGGCCGUCCCCGUGCUUGGUGCAACGUGUCUGUCCGGCUUUCGACGCGGGCGUGACAAACGGCUCAACAUCGCCGUCGGUCGGGGGCACAAUGUGACGCUCGUCGUGUUUCACGAUUCGAGCGGCAGCCACUCCGAGCAGACGUGGCCUACGACGUCGCACCACCACCGCCACCGCGUUGACGCCGAUGCAGAAGAGGACCAAAUUGAUGGGCUCGUCGUCAAGUUCAUCGAACUCUAUCGCUCUGGCGACGCCGACCUGUCGGUGGCGUGCGGCCAUGCGGAUGGUAGCGUGAGCGUGUGGACAGCGCAGGGCCAGCUGCGAUUCAGGAUCGAGAGCCCCACCCGAAGCUCGAUGACGUGCUUCGACGUGGCCGAGGACCAGUCCAUUGCCGUGGCCGGGGACAAGACGGCGCGAUUGUGGAAGCGAAUAGGCGACAGGAGUUGGGAGCCGUCGCACACGCUCACCGGGCACAAUGGAGCGGCGGUAGCAGGCGACUAUGGGCGGGUGGCCUCGAGCAGCCGAGACUCAGUCACCAGGCUGUGGGACGUACAGUCCGGGGAGUGCAUCGGCUUGUUCAAGGACCACAUGAACGGGGUGACCGCCGUGUACCUAGACAACACGAGCCUCAUAACCGGUUCGGCCGACUGGACGGUCAUCGUCCAUCAGUUCGCUUGA